AUGACAACUGCCUUGCUUUGUAACAUGAUAUUUCUGCUGGCAUUUGGAUUGGCUUCAGCUUUCAGCCACAGCCCUAGGACCCCUGACAGGGUUUCUGAAGCAGAUAUACAGAGGCUUCUCCAUGGGGUUAUGGAGCAACUGGGCAUUGCCAGACCCCGGGUGGAGUAUCCGGCGCACCAGGCUAUGAAUCUAGUUGGUCCUCAGAGCAUUGAAGGUGGUGCGCAUGAGGGUCUCCAGCACUUGGGUCCUUAUGGCAAUAUCCCAAACAUCGUGGCUGAGCUGACAGGAGAUAACGUACCAAAGGAUUUCAGUGAAGAUCAAGGAUAUCCUGACCCUCCAAAUCCCUGCCCUAUUGGAAAAACAGUUGAUGAUGGCUGUCUAGAAAACACCCCAGACACAGCAGAGUUCAGCAGGAACUACCAGCUGCACCAACACCUUUUUGAUCCAGAGCAUGACUAUCCCAACACAGGCAAGUGGAGCAAGAAUUUACUCUUUGAGAAGAUUAAUGGUGGUCCAAAAAGAAGAAAGAGGAGUGUGAACCCGUAUCUGCAAGGACAGCGACUGGAUAAUGUUGUAGCAAAGAAGUCUGUUCCACAAUUUUCAGAUGAAGACAAGGGUCCUGAAUAAGUACAAUAAAAAUGAAUGAUGAAAACUCAUGCCAUCCUCUGCUAGAUCAUGAUAUUGCUUAUGUAUAAUCAUCUAUUAAAAUCCUUGUGAAUGGCAGCAUGUUUAUUAUUUAUAUAAUUGUAGAUGAAAAACAGCUGUAUUUAUAACAGUACGUUCUCCUAGAUAACAAAAAUAUGGUUCUGCUUUUUGUUAAGUUACGGUAAAAGGACAUUUCUGUUGUUUUUAUUUUAGUCAUGGAGCAAACUUUAAAAAUGUUAGUCAUUUUAAUAGCUAAUGUGAGGUAAAUGGUCUCAAUGAGCAGCUUGUAAAUAGGAAGAUGUAAAAAAAAUGCUCGGUCCAACUCCAGCAUCUAAUCUUAAAUGUUACUAUGUUUGACACGUGAAAAUUAUAGUUUUAUGUUUUGUUCACAAAUAUUGUUUCUUAGCAAAGACAAAGUAUUUAUUUUACCCAGAGAAUUUUGGCUUUUGGUCCAUUUUAAUAAACAUUUUAAGCAAUCUACAAGGUUUGCAAAGUGACAUUUUCCAAAAUAUUUCAGAGGCUCAUUUGUCUCAGUUAUUGCUGUGCAAAUUUAAAAAUUAAAGAAUUGCUUUUUGAUUCUAUCCACUGGAAUAUUUUUCUGUUAGUUUUAAUCUUUCCAUGUCCACAACUUUCCUGAACACUUGCACAUCUUUCUUCCUUAUCAAUGGUGCUGUUGUGUGGAAAUUAAUCUCCCCCGCUGUUCUUUGUCUUAGUAACAGCAGCAUUUGUGCAUUAUAAAGUUCUUAAAUUAUGAGU